UCGGGAUCUGCCAUUCAUUUAUUUGAACUCAAGAUGUGGAGAUACCGGACACUCGCGUGGCUGAUAGCGGCUUUGGUAUUCACGGGCUCGGGAUGCCAUGCAUAUCUGCUCGCCCGUGAAUAUGCGGGAGAUUCAUUCUUUGACCGAUGGGACUUCUUCGGGUCUUGGGAUAACUUGACUCUUGGCGAUGUAUGGUGGCUCGAUCGACAAGACGCCUCCAACGACGGCCUCACCUAUGUAAACGGUGCCGGAAACGCUAUUCUCCGAGUAGAUAAUUUCUCCACUGUCCCUGUUAACGAGAAGCGCAAUACUGUGCGGAUCACGAGCACAGAUUCUUAUGAUUUGGGAAGCCUAUGGGUGAUUGACAUUUUGCAUUUACCUUUUGGGUGUUCGGUAUGGCCGGCGUUCUGGACGAAAGGUCCACUCUGGCCAAAUGACGGUGAGAUAGACAUAAUCGAAGCUGUCAACCUCAUGUCCGCGAACCAAAUGGCACUGCACACUACACCUGGAUGUACGCAUACCACUCCCGUCACAAAUCAAUUGGGGCAAUCAGCGGGCCUUGGGCCUGGGAAUGUGGGCGGUACGGGUCUGAAUAGCGACGGAGAGAAUGCGAGUGAUUGUUCGACUGGUGCAGGAUGCACUGUUACUGAGACAAAGGAUGGGAGCUUUGGUGAGGACUUUCGGGAUGGAGGUGGAGGUGUGUUUGCGGCACAGUUCGAUAUUGCAGGCGUUUUUAUAUGGUUCUGGCCCCGAUCGCAAGUUCCACAGUCCAUCAUUGACUCAACAUCAACUUCGUCUAUAUCGCUCGACGAUUGGGGUACGCCGAGUGCGAGUUAUUUAAGCGACAGCUGUACAAUACAGGACUUUUUCACAAGUCAGCAGCUCGUACUUGAUAUUACACUUUGUGGAGACUGGGCUGGUGUACCUGCGGUGUACAACGCAACGUGUGCGAAUACGGGCCGAACGGGUAUCUGUUACAACGACAACGUGGUUGGCUCCGGCUCUAAUUAUGACGACGCCUACUUCGAGAUCUCACAUCUCAGGGCUUAUACCACUGCCCCAGGACUCGUUGAAGCCACGGCUGUUUUCGAUUCUUCUCCUUCACAGACUGUUGGCGCAGUAGCUAAUAAUGGAAAGAGAGUACGACUGGCAGGUCCCGCGGAGUGGGCAUGGAUGAGUGUGUUUAUGAUUGUAUUGGGCAUCUGGGUGGGCGCUUUGGUUGUGCUUUAGAGGUUUAUUCUCCUUUGAACUCUCUUUUCUAUCUUUCCUUGGGAGGUCGCUAUCAUCAUCACUUGGUAUCUUGGGCUCUCUCUCCAUUUCGCACAUGACUUUUUGUUCUUUGUCCUCAUCCUCGCUCUCGUACUUUCCUUUCUAGAAAAAUGCGUUACCAAUCCACGCUUAUGGAAAAUAAUGUUCUGCAUCGUAUAUACGCAUACACGCACCGACAUUUUCUGCUGAACUCGCCUUUCUUC